AUGGUAUUUAUUCUGUUUAAAUAUGUAUUGAGUAAUUUCUGGAGAUAUUGUGCAUGUUCAUUAUUAUAUAAUUAUGCUGCAUUUUUAUUUUGGCUUGUUGUUCCAUUAGUUGCAACAAAACAAGACGCAAGUAAUUGGGAUUUAGCAAUUAUUAAUGCAAUUAAUUUUGGAUGUUGUUUUCUUCUAUCAUGGGUAUGUGGGUUUAUUAAUAAUUUUCUUCCAGGAUGGUUACUUGCAAGAAUUGGUGUAUUAAUUUAUAUUGCAGCAUGUAUUUUAUUAAUGUUUAUUAAUGAUAAUUUAUGGAUAUUAUGGAUUAUGGGUGUUAUGUAUGCAUUUUCAUAUGUUUUAUUUUGGAUUCCAAUUCAAACUUCAAUUUCAAGAGAAAGUACAGCAGGAGAUGCAGAAUUUUGGUUGGGUGUUUUUAGUGGAAUGUGGACAUUUGGACAAUCACUUGGAUAUUUGUGUGGAGCAUUUUUAUUCACGAAAUUAGGUGCAUCACAGGCAUUAUCUAUAUCAGUAGCUGCAUUAGUUAUUGUAUUUAUUAUUUAUCCAUGUUGGGAAGGAAGUGUAGUUUGUGGGAAAGACUUAUCAUAUACUAAAGUUAAAAAUCCAGAAGACCUGACAGAAGAAGAAUUAAAAACAGAAGAAGAAAAGAAAAAGAAUGAACCAAUUAUUUGGCAAAUGGGAAAGAAUGAACGUGCAAGACUCAAAAAGAGAACUAUGCAAUUUCUUAUUCCAUCAUUUGUAUGUUGUAUUACUUGUUAUGGAAAUUUAUUAACAUAUGGUUCACAAUAUUUUAAUAGAAUUUUUGAUACUAAAGAUGGAUAUUUCCCUACUAUGGAAGAUGAUGAUGACAGAUAUGAUAUUUUUAUUGGAGUUUUCUUUUGUACAAUUUAUUUUAUGUAUACAGUAGGAAUUCUUACUGUAGCACAAUUUAAAUUUAUGUAUUUUAAUAGAGGAUUAAUGUAUUUCUUUAUGACUGUAUCAAUUAUUAAUCAUUUUAUUUGUGGAGUAGUUUCUCAUUGGAUUGCUCAAUUAUUAAGUGCAGUUUUCUUAGGAUUAUGUGGUGCAUAUUCUUUCCAAAAUGUCUUAAUUACAACUUCUCGUCUUUCAAUGUUAACAUCUAAUAUUUCAUCUAUAUAUGUUGGUCUUCAAGAAUCUUUAACAUACAAUAUGGUAGCUUUUUCUUUACCUCUUAUAGUUGGACCAAUUUCAGAUUCAUUAAAUGAUUACAGAAUUCCAAUGUUUGGGUGUGCUAUAGUAGGAGUUGCAUCAUUAUUUGUUUCAGAAGUUAGUUGGCAGUUAUUUGACAUUUUUAUAAUUAGAAAGAUGGAUAAAAAAGAUGCACAACAAGUUGUAGAUUUAUGUGAACAAAUCCUUAAUGAUGGUUGUGCUCAAAAAUUUAUUGAUAAUCCAAGUGAAUAUCAUCAAUUUUGUAGAGAUAAUUGGUUAACCCCUAAACAAGUGGAUGUUCUUCUUGCUCGUUUGAAACGAAAAUCAAUAGAAUAA